GUUUACUUUCACCUUGAUAUGGUUUCAUUGUAGAAACCGGCCAAUGAUAUAUGAGCAGUUAAUCAAUCAGUAAGCCUCAGUAUAAAGUAGCUAGCCUCCGUCCUCGGACACUCCCGCCUACGGAGGCAGCGAGAGGGUAUCUUCCGAUAUGGAUAGUUAAUGUCUGUGCUUCUUAGAUGACUCUUUUCUUUCCGAUGCAUGACCUCAGAUAUUGUGAGAUCGUGAACAUAGCCGACAGGAUUACCAAUUGCCUCCGUCUCAGAUAUGAAUGAUGAAAUCGUAAAGUAAGCUCAUGAACCCUCAGGGUCCAAUAUCAUUGGAAGAAAUGAGGAACAUACGGACACCGGCCGGUAGUCGGAGCGAUCCCUGUAAUUCGCAAGUGGUUUUUCGUUUCUGGGGUGGUCAUGCAAUUCUUCGCAACGAAAGAAUCUCUCAUCAUUUUGGUAAUUCUUGCGCGGACCGUCGGUGGCCCAACAGCAUCCCUCAGCAGGAACUCGGGGUGGGUCCAGCUCGCCAUGUACCCCUGCGCAACAGGCCAAUUGCACAACAGCUCGAAGCAAAUCCAAAGCUCCUCAUUCGCUAUCGGUGGUCGCGGAGUCGUGCACUGGCCUGGUUCCAGCGGAAGGCGCGACCCUGAGAAAGCACCCCCAAUGUCGACAGGACGUACUGAGCCCCGCCGUCCGGGGCAUAGCAUCCCGCUAAUCGAUCACGCAAUCGAGGGCGAGGAUUCAUACAAGCCAAUCUUGUGGCCAUUGAGCGGCGUCUGGAUGGAAUUUGCAGCUGUUUUUCUAACUAAAUUAAUGGCGCGGGGAAAAAAAUCGGCGAAUGGAAAAGAAAAAAUAAGACGUGCGAAUGAGCAAAAGCACAGCCGAGGGACCGGACCCAGUAGACAAGACCAGACGGAACGAGGGGCGUCUCUAAAGUUAAGGCAAAAGGGCGUGUCUCUGCUCGCUCCAGUUUACAAACUUCUUUCCUUUCCUUUGGACGUUGAGAGCCAGAGGGAAGAAACCUUUUUCUAAUUCUAUAGAAAAGGAAGAAUACCACUCACGAUCCUCGGAUCUUGCUUUGUUGAGCGAGACCGUCAUUGAGAUUUCUUUCCUUUCUCUCCAUCUCUCUCUCCUCCAUCUUCCUCUUA